UUCCGCUUUAUUUUUCGUGAUUAAUUUUCAAAUGCACAUAUAAUUUGCGCGAAUAAUUAAAAAAUGGCAGAUUCAAGCGAAGUUCAAGCUUUAGAGAAAAUAUCAACUGAAGUUGGUGAAUCUCAAAUUAAAAUUACACUGUCAAGCCAGUGCAUAAAGGCUCAAGGAUUUUUAGUUGAUAAAUUGAGAAAGCAAUCUGAACGUCAAAAGGAGAUUUGUAAUUUCGUUAAUAGCAGCAAUUUGAAACUGCAAACAGAAAUAAAACAAGCUGAAUUAGAAAUCAAAAGUUUAAUCAAAGCUCACGAAACAAUCAAAACUUCAAACGUAGAACUAAAAAAAGAAGUAUUGCUAGCUAAAGAACGCAAAUUGGAAAUUGAAGAACGUAUUACCAACGGCGAGAAGAAAUAUGAAGACCUUUGGAUGCAGGCUAAAAAAAGAUAUGAGAGUAUUCCCUAUGUGCAGAAAUUGCUCGCUGCGACAAAUAACACUCAAAUAUUAAAAGAUAACAUCGUGGCUCUAGGAAAUCAAUCACAAAAAUUGAGUAAAGAAUAUGAAACCAAAAAACAAUUGCUGGCCAAAUUAGACCGUGAACGUAUUGUUAAAUUAGCAGAAUACAUGGUCUACGAAUUGCCAAAUAGCGUUAAAAUAUUACAGGAAAAGUCUACAGCUAUAAAUAACAUGACCAGUGAAAUCGAAAGUUUUCUAAAAGACCAUGAAUUGGCAAACAAUCCUAAUGUUCCCAUUCCAAAGGAGAAAGAGCCGGUGACGGAAGAAAACAGACGUGAAAUAACGGUAGACGACGGCUGGCUAAAUAUCUACCAAAACAAUGAACGUGACACGUUAAUGAUGCCGCGUUUGCAGUUUAUAAAUUCGGAUUUUGAUGUGCUGAGUGCAAAACUGGACGAGAUUAAAAUAAGGAAAGUUGAAGCUCUGAAUAGUUCUUCGGGAAAAAGAGUAGAUCAUAUAGAAUUAGUUUCCGAAAUAUCCAGCAAACGGAUUAAGAAGGAUGAUGAGUUCUCAAUAUUUUUCAAUAACCAUAGAAUUGAUUCCGAAACCGAAAAGAAAGAUGAUCAUUUCUCUAAUAGAAGACUUAUUAAUAUUCUGGAGGAUGUUAAACUUGAUAGAGUUGAUACUUAUAAUCUAGUAUCGAAAGUUCAAAUGGAUAAGUUGAAGGGAGUUGAUAUGAUUGGAAGAGAUAUUGCAAAAGAUAAUGACCAAGAGCUUAAAGCAGGAAACGAUAAGGAUAAUGAAAUAAUAGAAGAAAUUGAUUUAACUAAGAAUAAAUCGGAUAGCAAUAUAUUAAUACCACCUACACAGUUUUUGGAUUUAACUCAGGAAAAGAUUUUUAACAACUCUCAACAGCAAGUAGAGGUAAUAGUGCACAUGUCUAUGUCAGAACAAUCGUCAGGAAAGUUAAGUCAGACUUUCAAGAAUUCGCAAGAAGCAGUUAGCAGGAAAAAAGUAACAUUUGAUGUGCCACUUUCACAAGAAAUUACUAGUAAAGUGUGUGAAGACGAAAUUAAAGAAAAGUCGUUGGAGGAAAAUGAAGCAAAUGAGACUGUAGAUAGCCAAGUUAAUAUAAGUUUAACUAGUGAAGAAAGCUACACCAAAAUAAAAGACAUGAUAAUGAGAAAACAUAACUUGGAUUUGUCACCACAAUUUGUGUAUGCUAAGAAUAAGUUAAUGCAAAUGAAUAAUGAUGAAAAAAUUAUAACAUCAAAGUUCUUUCAACCAAGUAAGGCUAGUAUUGAAAAAGAUGAUGAUAAAAUAGUUGAAAAUACUGAAGCUAUAGAAAGAGAAAAAACUACAAAGGAAUGUGAUAAUGAAGAAGAACCACCUAAUAAACAAGAUAUCAAAAUCAAUGAAGUCAUUGAGAAUGCCAUGGAUGUAGAUGACAUUGUUGUAUCAAGUCCCAAGUUGAAACCCACCCCUAAGGAAAGGUCUGUUGCUGGGUUGCUGUUUAGCCAUGGUACUCAGGGUAUACCUGACUCUCUGAAUGUCUCUAUAAGUACAACAGGAUUUGAAGAGGGUGAUGCAGACUUUCCACAGUGCAUUGAUUCAAGUUUGCUACUGUCUCCAAAAGCAGAUCUUCCUAUGGCAAUGGGUUCAGAUAAUAUUGAUGUGGGUUCACAAGAAGUUCCUAAUUUUCUCUCAGGUCUAAGAAAAACUGGACUUUCCUUUUUUGGUCAAUCUGCAACUACAGAUACUAAGCCUGAUUUAAGUGGCCACACUCAAGGAAAUAAUUUUAAUUUCAAUUUUGGUGGAGAUGAGAAGAAAGCAAGAGGAGGACUGUUUAGUAUGUUUCGUUAAUUUUUUCUGCUGAUAUGCAAAUAUAAGAUUGAUUGAUCUAAUACUAUUAUAAUGAUUUUCAUAAAGCUUUAUGUUUCAAAAUUGAUACUCAAGAU